AUGGCCCCCCACAUCAAAGCGCCGUCGAUGGACGGCAUCAACGGUCGGGACGUGCACUCGCACCUGGAGGAGCUGCUCACUGAAGCUCGGCGCGAUAUCCUCAGUCAAACUGGCCGCAUCGUGCCCGAUUUGAACUUCCUGCUCGGCGCCGGUGACCUUGCUUUACACCGUUUACACGGCGGUCUGAUGGACGAUCGCAAGUACCUCGCUCCGCAGCGCCCUCAACGCGAGUUCAUCGACACGCUGUGGAAAAAUCUGCAGCAUCCACCGCUUGCCUACCUAGGCAACGAGUUCAGGUACCGCACCGCUGAUGGUUCCAAUAACAACAUCAUGUAUCCUCGCCUUGGCGCCGCCGGAAGCCAUUACGCUCGAAGCGUAGCCCCAAAACGUCACGUACCCAUUAACCGUCCCGACCCAUCCAUUAUCUUUGACACUCUCCUGGCGCGGAAGGGAUCGGCAAGGGAACAUCCGACAAAGGUCUCGAGUGCUCUCUUCCAUUUCGCCACCAUCAUUAUCCACGAUCUCUUCCACACGGACGAAAAAGACAACACAAAGGUGAAGAAUUCGUCGUAUCUAGACUUGGGCCCUCUCUACGGCCACAACCAGGCCGAGCAAGACAAAGUCCGGGCAUUCAAGGACGGACUGUUGAAGAAGGACGUCUUUGCCGAGCCGAGACUUCUCGGUCAACCGCCGGGUGUUUGCGCUCUCAUUAUAGCCUUCAACCGCUUCCACAACUACAUUGUCCGGGAGCUCGCCAUCAUCAACGAGAGUGGCCGUUUCAGCCUACCCGCUGAAGGCCAGCGCGACUACAAGGAGGCUCUGGAGGAUCGGGAUAAUGCUCUGUUUCAGACUGGAAGGCUCAUUACAUGUGGUCUCUACAUCAACAUCGUUCUUGGGGACUACCUCCGCACCAUCCUGAAUCUCAACCGCAGUCCAGUUCAAUCGGACUGGAAGCUGGACCCGCGAGACGACUUUGCGGACGUCUUUAAUGCCGAGGGGACGCCUAGCGGAAUCGGCAACCAAGUCAGCGUCGAGUUCAAUAUGAUCUACCGGUGGCACAGCACUACGAGCGACGCCGACGUGGCGUGGCUCAAGAAGUUUACCCGCCAAGUCUUUGGUGAUCAGUCCAACGUUGACGACAUGUCCAUGGAAGAGUUUCGGAAUGGCGUGCGCAAAUGGGCAUCGGACAUGCCCAAGGAACCUGAGAAGUGGACGUUUGAGGGCAUGAAGAGAACUGAAGAUGGCAGUUUCCCUGAUGCCGAGCUUGUCAAUCAUCUCCGGGCUGCGACAGACAGCGUGGCAGGAGCGUUUGGCGUUUACAAUAUUCCCCCGGCUCUGAAAGUCAUUGAGAUGCUGGGCAUCCAACAAGGCCGUGAAUGGGGCCUCGCGUCGCUCAACGAGUUUAGAGCAUUCUUCAAGCUCCAGCCAUACUCCACGUUUGCCGAGAUAAACUCUGAUCAGUCUGUGGCUCAUGCAUUGGAGGCACUGUACGGACAUCCAGACAACGUUGAGCUCUACCCGGGGAUUUUGUGCGAAGACACUAAGAGUCCCAUGGCCCCGGGGUCUGGAUUGUGCCCUGGGUUCACCACUUCCUUUGCCAUCCUCUCUGAUGCUGUCGCUCUCGUCCGUGGGGACAGGUUCUACACACUUGACUACAACGUUUCCAGCCUGACCAGCUUCGGUCUUGAUCAGGCCAGUUCGGACCCCGAGGUCGCGGGCGGCGGAGUGAUGUACAAGCUGCUGAUGAGGGCUUUCCCUGGAUGGUACCGUGGAAAUAACGUGUACGCCCUGUACCCAUUCACAACUCCCGAGGGAAGCCAGGAGAUCUUCGCGAAGCAGGGUACUUUGCAGCAGUUCGACUUCAGCCAGCCGGCAUUUGCCGGCGGCCGUCCGCACCCGAUCACGACAUGGCAGGGCGUUGUCCAUGCGCUGAAGGACCAAGAGCAUUUCCGUUGCUCAUGGGGCCAGCGCAUAUUCCAACUCACCCACCACGACUACAUGCUGAGCGGCGACAAGGUCGACAAUACCCGCCAGAGACUCCUGGUCAAGGAAUGUCUGUACGGUCCCGAAGACGGUCUCGCCCAAGUGCGUCACUUCUACGAGGAGAUCACCACCCAACUCAUUCUACAGAACCGUGACAGUCGCAAGAUUGGCGAUCGGUACCAAGUCGACAUUGUGAGAGAUGUGGGUUACCUUGCCCACACAGCCUUUGUCGGCCGCUUCUUCGGUUUCCCGUUGCAGAGUACCGGGGGCGGGCCGGACAGCUACACAGAGCGAUCGCUCGCCGACGCGCUGGCCCACCUGUUCGCCUACGUCUUCCUCGACCUGGACCCAGCCGAGUCGUUCAAGCAUCGAGCCAUCGCCGGCCGGGACACGGAGCGGUUGGGCGAGGUCAUGCGCAGGGUGGUGACCGACAUCAAGGCGAGACGACGGCGCCGCCUGUCCAUCAGCCAGAUGGUGUUUGGUGCAGCUGCCAAAUCGGCGGGCCGCUCCGACCCGGCGCUGCCCAGCUACGGCGCCCGACUCGUCGAGAGGCUCCUAGACGGAUUGGGAGGCAGCAUCGAAGAGACUGUCUGGACCAUCAUUCCGACCGCUGCUGUUGCUUUGGCUCCUCAGGCACUGGGCUGGGCCCAGUUGAUCGAUCUCUACCUGUCCGACAAGUAUUACCACCACUGGCCGAAGAUCCGGGACCUUGCCCUAUCGGACAACCCGGAUGACUUUGAGAAGCUGAAGAAGUAUGCUCUGGAAGGCUUUCGCCUCGCCACCCCAGCAUUCGGCACGAUCCGGGAUUCGGCCGCAGACAAGACAGCCGUCAAGGACGCGUCCCGCGUCGUGGCCGUCAAGAAAGGCGGCGCGGUGUUCGCGGACUUUGGCGCCGCCGGCGUCGACCCGGACAAGUUUCCUGACCCAGACGAGAUCAAGCUGGAUCGGCCCGACGAUCUCUACAUCCACCACGGUUGGGGCCCGCACUCCUGCAUCGGCCGCGACAUGGCGACCGUGGCGGCGGCCAGCAUGCUCCGCGCCGUGGCUCGGCUGGGCACCGUGCGCCGUGCCCCGGGCCCGGCGGGCGAGAUGAAGAGCAAGACGGUGAAUGGUGCUUUCAAGGUCUACCUCUCUGAGGAUGGUAGUGCAUGGGUGCCUUUCCCUACCGUCAAAAAGGUCAUCUUCGACUAUCUCCAGACUGACGGGCGUUAG